AUGGUAUGCAAAUUCUCGAGAGUGCAAGAGCAUGUGGACAACUGAACUGACGGUAUCAGGGUCGUGUCAUCCGCAACCAGAGGAAGGGACGUGGCUCCAUCUUCACUGCCCACACCCGUACGCUUCCCACAUCCUGAGAUAUCGAGAGAAACCAAUUUGCGGGCACUGACUGCGAUUUCAAGGUCUCAACAAGGCCCCAGCGAAGUUUCGAACCCUCGACUACGCCGAGCGACAUGGCUAUAUCCGCGGUGUCGUGAAGGAGAUUGUCCACGAUGCAGGUCGUGGUGCUCCUCUCGCCAAGGUCGUUUUCCGUGACCCAUACCGCUACAAGCUGCACACCGAGACCUUCAUCGCCAACGAGGGAAUGUACACUGGCCAAUUCAUCUACGCUGGCAAGAACGCUUCGCUCACCAUCGGCAACGUCCUCCCUCUCGGCGCCGUUCCCGAAGGUACCGUCGUGACCAACGUCGAGGAGAAGAUGGGCGACAGAGGUGUGCUUGGAAGGACUUCUGGAAAUUACGUCACUGUCAUCGGUCACAACCCAGACGAGGGCAAGACCCGCAUCAAGCUCCCAUCUGGCGCGAAGAAGGUUGUCAAGAGCUCGGUCCGCGGUAUGAUUGGUAUUGUCGCUGGUGGUGGUCGUACCGACAAGCCUCUCCUCAAGGCUUCGCGCGCGAAGCACAAGUUCGCCGUCAAGCGCAACUCAUGGCCCAAGACUCGUGGUGUUGCCAUGAACCCCGUCGACCAUGUAAGAUGCGCAGUUCAAGGACGGCUGAGGACAAUUGCUAAUAUUCUUCUCAGCCUCACGGUGGUGGUAACCACCAGCAUAUUGGUAAGGCUUCGACUAUCUCCCGAUACGCCGCACAAGGUCAAAAGGCCGGUCUCAUUGCCGCCCGGAGAACGGGUCUGCUCCGCGGUACCCAGAAGGUCAAGGACUAG